ACUCGAGUCGAGUCGCAAGUCACCUCCGCUCACCUUACGCCGCGGCCGACUUCAGUCCGCGCUCGAGUCGUGCACCACGGAACACGCGAGAGAGAGCCGAGCCGGCUGCCGCGAUCGAGUUGGACACACGCGCCCGACCAACCACACGCCUGAUCUCGCUAGACAAGACCCGUGCGCGCCGCGCACACGGCACACGUUUCGCGCCCGAGUUUCACCCGAUACACACAGAGACCACCGGAAUCCCCGAGAGCUGAAUCCAUUCGAGAACCGUUAAUCCACACGCACCAAGAGUAUAUACUUUUAAGGCGACCCCGCAGAACUGGCUAGGAAAACGGGUGCGGACCACAACGAACGACACCCCUUGUUGGCCCCGAAUCCCGCGUGACAACCGAUUAGACAGGCUCGAAAAGAGGCUUUUGACGAUCGUCAUCACCGAUGCCGUCGUAUUAUGUCACGCUGCCUGGCGAACGACGACGACCGCACGACGACGGUGAACCGAGCGAGCCGAGUUGUCGUCGUUUGACAUUUCCAGCGGCGCGGAGCGGGUAAAACGUGGGCCCAGCAUUUACCCGUGCACGCGCCUCCCGGCAGGCCCCAGGUGUUUAUGCUCGGUGCUGCUCGCGGUGCCGACGAACCUCGGUAGAAACAAUAACGAUAAUAACGGCGGUAAUAAUCGGAAAAAUCGGGCCGACGGUAAUAAUAGUAUAACCGUGUAGACGAGGGACACUUUUCGCUCCAGUGACUUGAACGUAUCUCUUGGUGACCCGCGUGGAUCUUGCGAUUAAUGUACGCGUAUAGGCGCGCACUGGCCGCGUGCGGCCAAUCGGUCUCUCGCGGCUCUUGAUUAUGAGCGCCGAUCGCUUCGCGGAACCGUGAGAGAUUGCUGGUGCUCGAUAGUCGAAGGACAACUUCGUGGGUGCUCGUUUCAAAGCACGGUCAGUGGAGUUUGAGGGACUUGUGAAAAACUUGGUCGGACCUGGAUCCACGUACGGAAGAUAUUGUGGACGUGUGGGAUGCCUACGAGACAUUGAAAGUAUUUCUGUGGCCAGGGAGUUGUUUGAAUCGAGAAGAUAGCCGUCAGUGAUUACGGGGUUCAAGUGCAAUGUUUCGAGUUUCGGAACGACCACGAACGGACUACAGUUGUGCGCACAGUGUCAUUCGUUGCUGCGAUUUCCGUUGCGACUCGCCCGUGACCGAACACACAGGGAAGUGAAAUUGACAAAAGAAAAAGAACACAAGGGCGCGCGAGAGGGAGGACCAAGAAAGAGGGAGUGUCACAACACGUGUGAAAUGGAUGGUACGCCAAAGAAUAGCGAAGAAGCAGUGUUAAUAUAUGGAUGCCCAUGGGUGGAACUUGGCCGAGAUGUGCCAGCGCUACCAUCACGCUGUACCGCCAGCCCAAAAUUCCUCGUCAGCUAGGGAUCCCUCUGCUGCCAUCGUGCAAGGCUUGUCAACGGCCACGCACAUCGAACAGGCUAGCCCCUCUUACUCCCAUUACACGAUGCUGGAUAAUUAUGACAGGGGUGAGGUGACACCACCACCGGUGAGCAGUUAUGGCGGUUCACCCGGACUCUUGGCACUUCAUUCCUCGCUUUAUGCGACUCCCACGUCGAGGGCCUACGACAUCGAGUCGAAUAUCGAUGGCAAUGACAGCUCCAUGCCCAUCGAUACCCAAAUCAUUUCGAUACCGGGAAUGUUGUCCGGGCCGGCGCAGCAGCGGCUCGAGGACAUGACAUGGCUCGCUUCCGGCCCGUCCCUCGAAUAUCAACAAGGGAUUUCGCCGAUUCCCGCAGGAGUGAAGAUGUGCCAUCCAGGCAGCACGGCCCAGAGGAGCCUGAAGGAGCAACGGAUACGUCGUCCGAUGAACGCGUUCAUGGUCUGGGCAAAGGUCGAGCGCAAGAAGUUGGCCGACGAGAAUCCUGAUCUCCACAAUGCCGAUCUCAGCAAGAUGCUCGGAAAGAAAUGGCGAGGGUUGACCCCGCAGGACAGAAGGCCGUACGUCGAGGAAGCCGAGAGGCUGAGGGUCAUACACAUGCAGGAACAUCCGAACUACAAGUACAGGCCGCGGCGCAGGAAACACGCGAAACGGGCCCCAGGGGCACCGUCCUCGCCGCCGUCCGCGACCAACACCGCGGGCAAUAGGUCCAACCCUGCCGGUACCACGAUUCAUCAUUCCAUGUCCAAAAUGGACAAUUACCAAGGCAUUCCUCAGAUCCCAUGGGGUGGCCAUUCCCCGAUCUCAUCUCUAUAUCACCAGCAACAACAACAAGGUAUUCAGGAGUACAAAUCGGAGAACAAUUCUUUGUAUGGGAGUCCUUACACGCCUAUCAUUCAUACUCCAGACAUAUCUCCAGUUGCCAGUCCAGAGCCCGACGGCGAUGGAACACAUCUACCGUCUACCCAGAACCCGGAUCCCGAACGAGAUCUGAUGGAGGGUACGUCGAAACAGCACGGCGAAAUGGCCGAGCAAACGAAACGGUACACUUUUAUGAAUACCGACAAUCAACUGCACACAGGUCAUGCUGGUGGUACUAGCAUAUCGUCGUGUCAGAAUUCUGGUGCUUACACGGAUACUUUAACUUAUAAAAAAUCGGUGAAUUACCUAAAUUUCGAAAGGCAACCAUCGAGCAUAGCUGCAGUUGGCAUAGCGAACGGAAUGAUGGUGUCAUGUAACAAAUUGCGCUCUGGAUUCGAAAACGUUGGCUCUGUGACGGGCACUUUUUAUCCACCGGUCGCAUCCCCGCACGAUCAGUCGUUGCAACACUACACCAGCACCCAAUCCUCGAAGACUGCCAACUAUUCCAUGCAGUCUACUGUUGAGAGUAACUAUAAUCCUGUCCAGUGUGCCAACCGACAACAAUCAAUGGGGCUUCGCGGAGCUGCUGAAGGUUGUUCCGGCGUGACGCACCGGUAUCAAAUGAGCCACCACCAAGAGUACCAGUCCGAAGCUACCAACACAGGACAACAGCAUCCAAUUCUGGGGCACAUGGAUCCGGGGAUGUCCGCGGACGACGAUCAGCAACAGUCGCUUCAACUGGAGAAGUAUUUCAAAUAUUCUCACCCGACCAGCGUGGCUCACAGCAGCCUGUCAUCACAGAAUCUGCUCGACAGUAAUCACAAUUACGCCAGCGAUUUGCGCUACUAUGCUCCGCAACAGUCCCAGAUGGACAUGUCGAACUCUCAGUGCAUCGUUGACGAUCAAAGCAAAGAUACUCGGUGUUCUAACGUCGGAAUCGGCCACACGAUGGAACAGUAUCAUCAGAACAUGGACGUGGCGAAGUAUUCCGAGCACCCGUCCCAGCAGCAACAGCAACAACAGCAACCUCAGCAAUCUCAGAGCAUGGAGCACGUGUCGAAAGCGGACGACGACUUCAGUGUAAUACUUGCCGACGUGCGCAAGACAUGUUACAGUAGCUAGUGUUCCCCUAGACAUUUCUUUUUCGUACGGGCGACUUAUUUUAUGGCUGUAGUACCAAGAAUCGUAGGUAUACAUAGCAUUCACAAGGAAUCCGGUGCUUAUACACAUUUCGUACUCCGUACCAUCCUCCGGUGCUGAUUGUCGUUAACGUUAAUUCCCUAUACUCGGUGGAAGGAAUAUGGCGAGAUACCAAAGACACUCGAGCAAUAUAUGAAACAAUUUCUUUGAGCACGUACUUGCAUGGUCUGACAUUAAAAUUCUCUGGUUGCUGUGAUUAAGACACAAAUAUUUCAAGCAAUAUACUAUUAUACUUUAUUUUGUUAAAUAUUUUUCUUUGGCAGGAAUGCAUUUAAUAUUGAUGUAAAGCUCGAGAAUUGGGAAUGAACAUCGGGAUGUUGUUUAGAGCUUAUUGCACGUUUUUUUAACGUCCGUGGUGUACAGUGAUCGAAAUUAUCUGGUGGGUAAAAUUUUCUUGGUAUAAAAAUAAUCCAUUGAAAAGUGAUCUUAUUUUAUUGGGAAUUAUUCUUAUAACAAAUGAGUAUUUUUAUGUAUUUAAUUUCACCUAUUGAAAUAUACGAAACGUUGGUUAUUCAUUUAUUCGAUAAAAGAUUAUCGUAACCACGGUAUGCAUAUUUUCAUUGUAAUACUUUUUGACAAUUUCUUUUCUUAUAUUUUUGUAUUGAUUUUUUGUUAACUUGUUAGUAAAACGUAAUGCUAAUCUUGACCAGCUCCAUAAAAAAUCGUUUACCCUAUUUGUGGAAACACAAAAUCAUAGAGAAUAUGGUUAAAAAUAUCACAGUCGUUGUUAUGUUAGACAGACAAUUCUGUUUAUGAGAAAACUUAGAGAAAAAUAAAAUUACUUUUUGUUGAUCUUGUUAUGCUUUUUCCACCGAGUAUAAUUUAAAUAACAAUGAAUUUGUAGUAAAGUGAAUCUCUUAGAAAAUAUAUGCGGGUGAAGUCGUAUUUUUUAUAAACAUGGGGAUAUGUGAUUAUCUGAAAUUUUUGUAUAUCGAAAAUAUAGUUAGUCAAACGUGUUUAUUGAUUAAAAUUACUCGGUUACUUAAUAUUUUUUACGAUCUGACAGUCGUAGAAACUAUAUUUGCCAUGUAGAACUAUCACACAACUUUUUCGUUUUUAUAACAGGGAUGUUAUAAAAAUGUGACUAUAAAUUGCUAAUGGAAUAAAAAAGGUUGAACAUGAGUGAAUUAUCAAUGAAUGAUGUUUGAAAUGUUAAACUAAUAUACCAACAGUUUUUACUAAAAUUAUGGAUACUAUAAAUAAUAAAAAAAUGUUCUACUAAAAAACAAACGACACUGAAACAUUUGACAUAAAACAUAACUAACUUUUAAAAUACAAUCUACACAAAUUGUUUCGUAGUAUAUGGGAAGUGGGAAUACAGGACUGAAGUGGACUCAAGAUAUAAAACCAAUAAAAAAUGUUCAGUUGAAUAUGUGUUAAUUGAACAUAUUCAUUUAUACGGAAUAUUGAAGUUUUGAAGUGAUAAAACAAAAUUAUGAAUAUUAUAAACUUUCUUAAUAAGAAAGUUAUAUAUUUAAUGUAUAAUUCGAAGUUAUAGUUUAUGUAGUGUACGUUGGUUUUACAUACGGCCAUAAUAUAAUUGGAUAUUUGAUCAGUAUUUAUUCGAAAGAUUUAAGACUAAUGUAUAAGCAGUUCUAAAUAAAUAGAUAAAAAGUAAACAAUCUAUGAUGCGACAUUUUUACGUCUGUUUUUAAACUCUAGGUGUACUAGAAUUAAAGUACAUGUUCUUAGUAAAGUAAUUUUUAUGGAAACAAAACAAUAACACUGUGGAACAAAUUUAAACUUCUUUUGUCUUGUAAUAAUCACUAGGUGAUUCUUAUAGAAUUCCCUGCCCAAAAUACAAAUCCGAAAACCAAAUUGCUAGGUCACGUUCAGUUUUUGAAAAAAAUGGGUUUUUGUAAACACAGUCGAAUUUUUCAGAGAAACAAGUGUUACGUGAAAACUAGAAACGAUAGGCAAUUAAAAUUUAUCGUAAAAAAUAGAGGAAAGUUGCCCGAAUAUGUAGCUAUAAGAAUUCUGAAUAUUGCCUGUCAUUAAAUGUUUGUAAAUGAUGAUCAAAGUUUAAAGAAGGGUAGUUACGCGUACUUUGUACGCGCUUCUGUUACAUUUCUAGGAAAAGUGGGUUGGCUAGCAUGAAUUUCCUACACACCACUGGAGUCUGCAAACAUUUCUGAAGAGGAACCGCCCGCGGGAAGUGUGAGAACGCUUUUUCUUUCGGGCAGGUUAAGAAAAUCUCCGUGAAGAGUGCGUGCACAGAACUUUGGCGCCACACAGCCAUCGUUCGCUGGCCACAGCUAUUCAGGGCCGUGAGUACGCGCUGUGGGGACCUGGACUCCGGUCACUUCUUAUAUGUAUAUAUAAUGUUUAAUUGUGUUAUAAAUUUUCAUAAUAAUUAUGAAACGGCUUUUCACGAUCAGCUUAACAGAAAUGCGUACAAAGUACGCGCAUCCGUUUUUCAAACUUUUAUCAUCAUUUACAAACAUUUAAUGACACGCAAUAUUCAAAAUUUUUAUAUGUGUUUCCAAAAACCUAAUUUUUUCGAAAACUGGACGUGAACCAAUAAUUUGGUUUUCGAAUUCGUAUUUAGGGCAAAGAACGCUAUAAGAAUCACCUAGUGGCUAUUACAAAACAAAAAUCGUGUUCCACAGUGUAAUUAGUAUAACACAAAAAUUAUUGUAACUCAAAAACAAGGUCGCGAUGGGCAUACGUUUAUAUGAAAUCUAUUUUGUCCAUUUUAUCUUAUAUAUUCACUCAUUUACAGUACUUCUCAUAUACUAUAAGACACUUUAUACUUUAUAUAAGACAUUUUAAAAUAAAAUAUUUCAUUUCAAACGCGUACUUAAAAUAUUUCUUGGCAAUAAAAGUAAAUUAAAAAAAAUGAUAUGAUGCAAUUUAGCAGAGUAAAUGCAAUUUUAAUAUAAGAACAAUUAUUCGCGUUUGGCAAAGCAUGAUGUUGCUCAAAAUUUUCGCUGUUUAUUUCGUGGCACAGAAUUAAUUCAACAUAGUUAAACAGAAAUAUUUCAAAACAAAAUUCUAUUUUUUUCUGUAUACGUAUAUCCGGGAUGUAUAUAAAAAGAGUGCGGUCUUCGAAAAGCUACGCUCAAUUGCUGUCACUGUGAUUUGCUCUGAAAUUACGGACAAAUUGACAAUUUCCACAAAUUUUACUAAUUCUAGGAAAUCUUGUUUCUAGAAAAAUGAAUUUAAAGUUCUGAAAGUGACUUAUGUUUACUUUAAUUUUGCUUCUGUUUACAUGAAAUCAUCAUUUUAAAAAAAUUUGUAAUUCUAUUCUGCAAGAUAAUCUUUGAUGUUUGAUGUUUUUGAAAAACAAACCUUUUUUUAGCUUCCUCGGAUGUAUGUAACCACUUAAAUAUAUUAUAUCACUACUAAACUAGAAAUCCAUAAAAACUUUCCGGCAACUCAAUUUUUCUCGGAAACGUUGUUAAUCGAUAUUUAUAGAAAGUUACGGUUGAAAUCGAUUCAAAUGAAAAUAAAAAUGUAUAAUAUUUUAAUCCCUUAAUUACGAGGACAGUCUAUAAACGUCAGAAUUACCUUGGUCGUUAUAACGCUUGAUUGACUGUGAAAGGAAGGCGCUCCUUGCUUGCGAUUUAGGACUUCUCACGGUCGGAAACGGGGAAAUAAUAUAGAUGCUUGAAAUGAGUCACACGGUAAUCGAAUGAAAUUCAAAUUUUUCGUUGUAAUUGCAUUAAAACAUUGGUAAAAAAUUAUUGAAGUUCUCCUGAUGAAAAUGAGUCCAAACAUAAUACUGUUUGGAUUAUUUUAAAAUUCUUGUAACCCUAAUUUCUGUAAAAUAAUCAAACAUUAUAUAUUAUUCAUAAUUUUUCAAAGUUUCUUACUAUUUUUUAUUCAGAAAAUAAAUUUGAUAUAAUCAAAUUUUGAAGUUACAUGAAGUUCUCCCCAAUUAUUUUUAUUGUUAACGUAAUAAAAAAAAAUCAUUUCAAAGUGAAUGCUAAAUAAUGUUCAACAUAAUUAUAAUUCCACAUUUUUCCAAUAUAUGCAUAUGAAAAACAAAAAUUUCGGAUACACAUAUCCUAAUAAAAAAUUUACUAAUAAUGUUUAUCUAAUUUAUGUAGAUCGCACCGUAAGUUUCUGCAAACAUAUGUUCUUCGAUAAAUGUUAUAUAUUUAUUAAUUCAGUAAAGCAAGCAUAUGCCACAAUACUGGUUACUGUACUGCUGUCCCGAAUUCCAAUAAUACGUACACUUCGAUUGUUAUUUCUGUAAUGAAAAGAAAAACCAGCUUUCUUAAUAUUAUGAAAUAUCAAACGAAGUCACAUGACAACAGUUUGAAACUACUAACUGAUGCAUAACGACAAUUAUAAAAUUACUUACUACAAUACAGUUUCAUUUUGAAAAAUAUUUUUGUUAGUGUUUAAUGAAAUUGUAGAGUAUCAUCAGCAAAAAGUGUCAAUAAAAAAGAAAACGUAAACAGUUAAUGUUAUUUUGCAGAAACUUUUGGUGAUAUCCACUUGUGUCACAAGUACCAUCAUUUUCAGCUGUGGACCGCCGAAACCAGCGACACUAUUGUUGAGUUAUUUUUGUCUACCAAUGCACUCAUGGUACCGCAUGGCACUGUAUAUUUAGAACAUAUCAAUAUAUUUCCGUACGAAAGAUGAAUCGUUGAAACGAUUUCCGUAGCGAAUUCCAGUGUACGAAUUUUUCUUACAAUGAUUGAUUCAAUGGCAAGCUACUUAAGACAGGUUAAUUUAUGUAUUCAUUAAGAUUUAAAAAAGAAUCCAUCUUUAGCCUUUAAAUCGUGACAUUUAGUCAUUUUAUUUAUAAUAUUCAUGGAAAAUAUACGUAAGGAACGAAAACUUAAAAUGUAUAUAUUUUUGCAGUAUAUUAACGCUUAACUGGCGGGUGCAAUAAUAUAUUCAGUUCCUCGUAGAAAAUUCAAAAAAUAUACGUGGCAAGAUAUCUUCGUUGAUAUACAAAUGUUGAAAUUGUCGCAAAUAGAGCAGAACUUUAUUAUUUAUCAUUGUUGUACUGUACUCUAUAGGUAUACCUACUUACAACUCAUUAAUAAAUGUAACUUAUUUUUCAAAUAAAAGAAAAAUACAAUAUUGUAGUAUAAAGUAUGUACACUAUACUUUAUUAACUACGUUCUACAAUGUAACAAAUCAAAUGACGUGUCUUCGAAACACUCCCUCGUUCAGUUUUACGAUAUAUAUGUUUCCGUUUAAAAUGAAAUAGAAGAAUUCGUAAUUUCGAAAUCGAAAUUGUGUUAAUGAACAUAAUGAAAUUUAGUUAAUAACAUAAUUGCUGUAUAUUAUUUAUAACUCCGUAGUCAUACGAAACCGAAAAUUCAAAAUCUCAUAGGAAAUAUUUUCGUUUAUUUAUCUGUUGCUGUAUUCUAUUAAAAAGCGUAGCUCAUUAAGUUUUUUUAUAUUACUUUCAGUUUAAUGGAAUUUUUCAUAGAAUAUAAAAAUUCCUCUUUUACUCCAGAUUCUUUAAAUUAUACAAAAUUGAACCUCAUUCAACUAUUGAUUAAUUGUAAUCCCGUCAGUUAAAUGUUACCACACUCACACGAAAAGUACUUACUGAAAAAUUGUUAUGUUCAGCGAUGAAGAUAUUAUCGAAGUACCUUGUUUUUAGCAAUUGUAUACUACUAAGUUUUGUUUCAUUCACCAUCACAUGUGUAUAAGCACGAUCUCUUACUUUCCUCUUGUUCCGCCGACUGAAUUGAAAUUCACAUUGUAAAUGUAGCGUUAUAAAUAGGAAAGAAUUUUUUACUCGCAUAAGCUUCUACUUUCAUUCUUCUACUAUUUUUAUGUAGCAUAUAAUUACACGUAGCGUGGCAAUAAACGAGGAUAUUUUAUCGUUCGAUAUUAAAUUUGAAUACUUUAUAAGAAAUGGAAUUUAGAUGAAUGUAAUGAACGCCGGGAAAGUACUAAAUUAUUAUAACUAUUGUAUCGUACUUAAUAGAAAUAAUUAUCAACUCAUAUAGUCCCGUGCAUUUCUCGACCAUUCUGAUUGAAUUUCGAUUUUACUUGUUAUGCAGCAAUGCCUCAAAAAUUUCGAAUGUUUUACAGUAUAUUUGCAACAAUUACGAACAUAAAGAUUUUUUAUUUUUCAUGUUUUCGUGCAAUAUUUAUUUAUAUUGAGGUUUUCUUUCCAAUUUAAAGUAAUAAUUGUAAAGCAUUAUAAAAUAAUUCUAAAGAAAGGACCGUACUAUUUUAUUAAUUUUCAGCAGUGUAACUUUGUUUGCUAAGACAUCAAAAUCUUAUUAAUAAAAAAUGAAACAAUUUUUAUUUUUCAUUUCACCAGCAACAGGAAAAGAUUGUCUUCGAACAAGGAAUGAUCACCCCAAUUUGAAAUAUUCAAUUGGUCAAUUCGAAAUUUUUCGAAGCGUUACUAUAUAUUUAAGUUCGUAAGUUUUAAAUAUUAUAGUGAACCGUUUUGGACCGUGUGAAAGACAGUGAUUCGCGCUUUAAAUCUGUUAUUUAAAGAUACGAUAAGGACGUUUAAGAAGGUGUAUGAUAAAUAUGAUCAAACAUCCAUAUUAUUUAUUAAUUCUUUUUAUUAAAUAUAUAUAUAUAUAAAAAAUAUGUGUAUAAAUUACAAUGUUAUGUGUAAAGCUGAAAUCAUACUCGGUGUGUUACAUCGAAUUCUUAUUCUGUGUGUCGAUAGAAAACAUUUAGACGCUACAACGCAUCCCCACUCUUUUCCUUAUUGUACAAUCACAUUCACUACCCGAAAACGAAAUUUCUCCCAACCCGGUUUUUAAUGUUACCAUGGUAAAUCAGUACGUUCAUUUUUUUGUUUCACAAAAGAUUAACAAUGAAUGAGUAAGUCCUUUAAACAGGAACAAUUGUUUGAAAUAUUUCCCUCGCAUUGGACCAUCUUAAAAUUAGUAACUAUACCCUCAUUAUUCAUGUAUGUUUCUCUUACAAUUUAAACAUGCAUAUUAAUAACACAUAAUUUAACGAAGUACUAAUGACAGUAUCUUAACAUUUUGCAAUUAAUCUACAAUUCACCCAGUGACUAUACGUGUAUAUAACUUGAUUAUAUAUAUAUAUAUACAAAUUUAUAUUGCUGUUUACAAAUGUAAUUCGUUCCAGUCCACGUACAAAUUGCUCCAUCGAAUAAUCACUACGGCUUAUUUUCAUAUGUAUUUAACAAAAUUCGUGACGAACGACGUGUCGCUUAUGUUCUCCUAACAAAUACAGCUUCUAAGCGAUACCUAAAACUACCAUCGACUUUGUAGCAUUAUCAUCUGCCCUUUACAUUUCAGUGGUACAAACUUUGUAGAUAUUUGAUUAAAAGAGUAAGUAUAUGCAAUUAUUUCUUUUACAUUCGAAAUUUCUUUAGAUACGAUUUGCGUUUAUAAGGAAGCGCGAAGACUGUGUCUUGUGUGUAUGUAUAUAAUCUAAGUUUAUUGUUAAAUUGGACAGAUAUUGCAGUCUUGUUUAUAGCGAUUUGCUAUGAGAUGUGUAUUCUCAUUCCUCUCUUUUAAAUACAAAGCAAUUUUUUCUGUAUAAACAGUAAACACAAGCUCUACACAAAUUGAUAGUAUCACUCACAUGAAUGAUAUUGCAAUUUUUAUGAUACACACUGUACACAACUUAAUUUUUAACAGGAGUUUUUAUAUACAGAUCUAAUUUAGGUAUGUGCUUCCUGUAUUUGAAUUAUCAUUGAAUCAUGAAAGUAUUGGAAUGUUCGUAAUUUAACACUUUUAGUUAAUAAGAUAUGUAAAUUAAAUGCAAUAGUGUAAUAUAUUCUAAAUCUACAGUGAGACUCAUUAGAAUUGUAUUAGCAAAGUUUGAAUAAAUUGAAUAUAUGUUUUGUAAGGAAAGAAAUAUUUCUGAAAAGUGAAAUUGUACACAUUAUUACUCAAACAAUCUGAAAACAAAAAAUAACUUACUGUUUAAAUAUUUUUGUAGCCUUUUCUCUGUAUUUGCAUAAAAUAUGUUGUAAGUGGUAUAGUAUUCAAACUUUGUUAAUAUAAUUCUGAUAUCGUUAUCUACAAUUACUAAAGUUCAAAUACUUUCAUGUUCAAACUCUAUAGUACAAUUAAUAUCCUGCACCAUAUAGAACUGAAACUUACACGAAUCAGUGGCAGCUUUAUAUGUCAUAUAUAAAAUUCUUUACAUACACGCAUAAUGCAUUGUAGCAUCAGACGUGGGUAAAUUAGAUACAGAGGGUUUUAUAAUACCCUGAAUGGAUUAUUUGUAACUCGUGCUGUUCUCACUGUUAACUCAUUUUUAACCAACAGCUGUAAACGAGAAUAGAAGGCAAUCGUUUUCAAACUCGUGAAAAGAUUUUUAAACGAUUGCACGUUAUUUGUAUGAAAUUCUUAUUUUUUAACAAAGUACGUGGAUACCUAUAUUUCACUAAACAACCAUAUGUGCCUAUUCAUAAGAAUAUAUGUAAUGUAUACUAUUUUUAAUACACAUUGUGCACAUAGUGAACUACCUUAAGAAUAAUUAUAUUCCCCAUAAAUAUAUUAAAUGACAAGUUGGGAAUGUAAUAGAAUGAAGAGUCAAAUUGGAAUUUAUAUAUUAUAAGAUAUGAUAUUUAAGUCUUUUAAAAUGCAGUAUCUUUUCUUCAAAAUUUGUUUGUAUUACUUACACCCUCCUUUCAUAGAGUAUAUAAAUUAUUAUUCUAGUGUGUUGCAAAUAUUGCUGUUACAAAUCUAUCCAUUCAGUCAAAUUUCUAAGUAUGAGAAUGCAUCUAAAACUUCUUAAAUGUUGAUUUUAAAUUAUACAAUCUAACCUAAUUUAGUUUCUUUAAAGUAUAAGAUGGAGAAAAUAAUAUAUUA